UGGUUACAGAAUAAUAUCAUAAACCCCAGACAUUGGAACUGAAACAGUAACUUUGGAGGAGCUGCAGACAUCAACAGCUCAUUUUUGAAAAGACAGCUUCCAUUAUGCAAUCUUUCCUUCCUGGAAAAAUGUAAAGAAGUAUAAAAAUAUGUAAUUUGCAAGCAGACACAGCAAAUGUGUGGAGGAAAAUUAACACAGCACAUUGACCUGACUGUGACAUUUACCUUGAAGCAUUAGUAAAGCAGUUGAUUUAAAACAGGGACAAUAUGAAAAAAAAACAUUAAUAAAAGAUGGAAAGUUAGUUUCUAUAUGUAGUUCCUCCCUAUGUGAGUUAAUAAAAUUGUUUUAAGUAAUCAUUGAAAGCUCCCGUAUACUGUAUAUUCAGUCACUGUACUGUCAUAAAGUUACAGCAAUGUCAACAUUGUAUGCCUGACUUCUGCUCUGGAAGAUUUCUAAUAACACUUUCCUGACAUUACAAAGAAAGUCCUUCAGGUCAGGGGAAAGUUUAAGACUUUCUGGGACUUUGUUCCAUUCUCUAAUGCCUUUGAAUGAGAAAACUGUCUGCAAAUGCGGAGCUACCUUUAGGUUUUCGUUACUAUUGGUGGAGCUGGAGCGCCUGGUUGUGAGCUCAGAGCAAAACUGGAAAAAGUUUUUCAAUGCUGAAGGAGUGCCAUUACUCAUCGUUUUAAAAUAAGCCCCACUUUAGAAGAAUGCAUCUUCAUUAAACACAGAAAGCCUUUUCACAAAACCUACUGGAAGUUCACGUUCUAGCAUUUUGACCCUGGCCAAGUAUGUGGAAACAUUACAGGGUAUCUAUACUAGAUUCUCACCAGUUUAGUCAUUUGUUGCCACAUUUUCCUUUUCUGUGUUGUUAAAUAUUUUGUUGGUUGUUAGUUACAACCGUUUAUGACAGCAGAGACGUUGGACUCCACCUCCAGCUGUCAGUCAGGAUGCACAUAGUGUUUAAUGAGAGGCGGAUGAUGUAAUCCUGAUUUCAUCCUGUAACUCUCCAAAGAGUUAAAGACUAGAGAAGACACCUCUAACUUCACACUGAGGAUCGCUUAUCUAGAUUUCAGGCUUUGCACUGCAAGCCGGCUGAGGACACAGCGCAUAUCUGCCUGAGGAUCUUGCCUCUGGGUUUUAGUCUUCAGGGAUGUAGCUUUAGUUCAGGAUGCAGUUACCUGUCUGCGUUUGCAGAGAAGCUCAGUAGUCGUGACAAGUUGAAAUCCGACGUUCUAAAGUUAGUGACAGUGAAGAGCUUCGAAGCUGCAGGAUUUUAGUUUUCAGUGAGGCGAACAGAAACGAUGGCGGAAAACCUUCGCAGUCGCCAACAUCAUCCCAUGGUGACAAAGACACACUGGAGGAAACCGAGCAGUACCACAGAUUUAUUUGAAAUGAUUGAAAAGAUGCAGGGCAGCAGGAUGGAUGAGCAGAGAUGCGCCUUUCCUCCACCUCUAAAGACUGAAGAGGAUUACAUUCCAUACCCAAGUGUUCAUGAGGUGUUGGGAAAAAAAAGCCCCUUUCCUCUCAUUCUGCUGCCACAGUUUGGUGGUUACUGGAUUGAGGGAACCAACCAUGAGCUGAGUGAAGCUGGGGACCCGGAGCAGCACCGACCGCCGUCACCCAGCAGCCGCACUAAACUGGAAUGUAACACAACGGCCACACUGUACAGGAAACACUUCCUGGGCAAGGAGCACUUUAAUUACUAUUCACUGGACAGUUCCCUUGGACAUCUGGUGUUCUCCAUAAAAUAUGAUGAGAUUGGUGACCAGGAACAUCUUCGUCUCAUGCUCAGAACCAAGCUGAAAACCUACCAAGAUGUGAUCCCCAUUUCCUGCCUAACAGAGUUUCCCAACGUGGUCCAAAUGGCCAAGCUCGUCUGUGAGGAAGUCAACGUGGACCGUUUUUACCCUGUCCUCUAUCCAAAAGCUUCAAGACUCAUCGUCACAUUUGAUGAACAUGUGAUCAGCAACAACUUCAAAUUUGGGGUCAUCUACCAAAGGUUCGGACAGACGUCAGAAGAGGAGCUGUUUGGCAACAGCGAAGAAAGUCCUGCCUUUGUAGAGUUCCUGGAGUUUCUGGGAGAAAAGAUUGAGCUACACAAUUUUAAAGGUUUCCGCGGAGGGUUAGAUGUGACUCAUGGGCAGACUGGCACCGAAUCCAUCUACUGCAACUACCGCAACAAAGAGGUCAUGUUCCAUGUGUCCACAAAGCUGCCUUACACAGAGGGGGACACGCAGCAGUUGCAGAGAAAAAGGCACAUAGGCAACGACAUCGUGGCCAUCGUAUUCCAAGAGGAGAAUACUCCCUUUGUGCCAGACAUGAUUGCCUCCAACUUCCUUCACGCUUACGUUGUGGUCCAGGUGGUCAACCCCUGCUCUGACAACGUUGUCUACAAGGUUUCAGUCACGGCUCGGGAUGAUGUUCCUUUCUUUGGCCCAGCUCUCCCAAACCCGGCCAUGUUUAAAAAAGGCCCUGAAUUUCACGAGUUUCUGUUUACAAAGCUAAUCAAUGCAGAAUAUGCGUGCUACAAAGCUGAAAAGUUUGCAAAGCUGGAGGAGCGAACACGAUCAGCUUUGCUUGAAACCCUUUAUGAGGAACUCCAUGUGAACAGCCAGGCCAUAAUGGGAGUUGGAGGAGAGGACGACAAACUGGAAAAUGGGAAUGCAGGAGGAGGGGGAUUCUUUGAAUCUUUUAAGCGGGUGAUUCGCGGUAGGAGCCAGUCAAUGGAUGCCAUGAGUCUAACUUUAAAGAAGCCAUAUGCAGUCUCCAAUAACCUGAGCAGCCACAGUCCUGCAGAGAGCCCUAAAUUCCCUGGGAUAUCAUUGCUUGUCCCAGGCAAAAGUCCCAGUAAAUAUGGACGCCGUGGCAGUGCCAUAGGGAUAGGAACAGUAGAAGAGUCUCUGAUUAUCCCAGGAAAAAGCCCAACAAGGAAGAAGUCAGGUCCUUUCAGCUCCAGGCGAAGCAGCGCCAUCGGGAUCGAAAACAUCCAAGAAGUCCAGGAGAGAAGUAGAGAGACAUCUCCUAACACUCAGAAGACUCCUGACAGUGGCCACGUUUCUCAAGACCCAAAAUCCGACAACUCAGACCAGAGCUCUCCUGAGGUUCUCACAACCACCAAGAACAGCUCUCAUCUUUGUGGCAGGACCCCUUCCAUCCCUGAGGGCAACGACCUCUCCCGUUCCUCAUCCAACGCCAGCAGCUUUACCAGUGUGGUUGAGGAGAAUGAAACCGAGGCAGCAGAGGACUACGACACAGGCAUGGAGAGUCUGUCUUCAGCCGGGACGCCUCACAAGCGUGACUCCCUCACCUACAGCACCUGGUUGGAGGACAGCAUCAGCUGCACCAGCAGCAACAGUCGUGGCAGCUCUCCAGGGCCCGGUAAAUCUGAUCGAGGGAAAGCCACCGACAUUCGGAUCAAACUAGAACGAUCACAUGACCAUCAGUCAUCAAACUGUUAACCCUGCCCACCUGAUUAUAUCCUGAAUCUCCAUCUUCAGCAGUCCCAUAUGUCUCACUCCUUCUGAGAGCCAUGCAUUUGACAUGACGUGUGAAGAGAAGGAGAACGAUGAUGAAGAUGAGAGAGGACUAUCAGACGGAGCCUGCAGUUGGCUGCUCAGGGAGGACAUGCAUCCAGAAACCCAGAGGACACUAGGAAGGGUUACGCACAAAAAGGGGCCACAUUUUUACAUCCUUUGUUUCCUUCCACUCAUUUCUUUGCCUGUUUCCACAUCCCUUGCCUGGUUGUAUUUCUUUUUAUCUUUUAUUUUCCUGGCCUUUCUUGUAGAAGUGCACAUUUGAUCUGCAAAUGUAAAUGUUUUAUCUGUGAAAAUGUCACUUUUGUUUAGUUGUCUUGUUGAAGUCAUGGCGUUCUGGCUAUAAAAAGUACAGACUGUGCUCUUAGCUGUCAUCAUGAGGAAACCUGCAGCCCAAAGAUAAAGACAACUUAAAAGGCAUGUAUCAUCAUAUUUAAAAUUUCACCUUUUAAAAUGAGGCUUUUUGUUUCACAAUUGUAAAAAAUUUAUUUCCAUUUCUGAAGUGGAGCAAUAUGUAAAGGUAUGUGGAAAAAGGAAAAUGAUAACUAAGAGUGCAAGUUGCAAAAGAGUGAUGACAUCACGUGUUGGACCCUGCACACAACAAACAAAAUAAGUUUUUCUAGAAGAUAAAUUGUCCCAGAUAUUAUUGCGAUAAAUGAUUAUACUGUUGUUUUGUAGAUAAUAAAGAAAAUAAUGAGAAUAACGUUCAGUUCUCAGAAGUCAAUUAGCUUUGAUUUUGAUCAGAACAUUUUACACUGGAACAAGAUUUUAAAUAUCCAAAAUAAAACACAACAACUGAAAACAAUAAACAAAACGUCAAUAAAAAUCACACACAACCAAAACUAUAAAUAAGUAUAUUAACAUCAGAAUAGUAAUUAUUUAGCUCAUUUUUUAAUCAUUUAAAUUACAUUGAGAAAUCUACUGGAUAGAUAAUUGUUUUGGAAAAUAUAAGUUCUUACCUCAUUAUUUUUAUCAAUUUGUGUAAAGAAAUAUUAGUGCAAAUUGUAUUUAUUUAUUUAUUCUUUUCUGGUGUUAAAAUAUGAUGACAUUUGCCCUUUAAGGUUUUUCGCUUAAUAACAGUCUCGCAUAUAAAUUCUGAAGGAUUUGGCGCGCAUCAUGCAUCAGAAAAGUUCAUUUGUGUAAAAUCCAAAGAGAAGAACAUAAUUGCUGCACUAAGACACUUUCCAUCUACUUUCUCCAAAUUAAGCACAUUUAACAAACGAUGAAAGUUUACUGGAAAGAGAAUCUCGACUGAUACUCUUAAAGUUUUCUUGGCCUUUUAAGUUUAUGUUACCUCAAUAUUUUCACCCACAUUCUCAUCUACCAAAAUCUGUCAGUUGUAUUAGAUUAACUAAUCAGACUUGAUUCGAGGAACUGAAGAAUUGGUUGCAUUGCCUGUCGUGAUGAGUCACUGCCUGUAUGGUUAGCCGAUGUACCAAUAUAGUCAGUCACGUUAUUUUUGUACUUCCGUCUUUCUCCAACCAUGUUUUUAUUUUUUCCUUGGUUCCUGGUGAAGUGUGAGUUACACGGUACCUCUCUGGUGAUAACACUCAGCGUCUUGUCAUUCAGCUUGUAUAUGUUGCGUUGGUGUAAUUGUAGUCUCUACCUGUGACGCCUGGCUUGUUUCAGGCCUCUAACCUUGUUCAGUGCAGUAAGUUUACAAUGCAAAUGUGAUCAAACCAUGUAUAUUUAUUUGCUUUAAAAGUGACUAAAUCCAAACUAAGCUACUGGUUUUGUGUACAUAAAUAUAAAUUUAACAGGAGUACAUAUAUUUAUAGCAGGUGGAUUUUAAAUUGGGAGGAGCAACACCAUAAGUUUACUGCCAAGUUAAAUAUUUACUGUUGUUUUAUGUCAUGUAUUCUUGAUUUCAGAUUUGAUUUUGACAGUUUUGUAGAUUUUUAAAGGUUUUCAGACUGUAAAAGGGAAAAUGUCUCUGUACAACCCAUUAACCAUUUCAGUUGCCUUAUAUCACACAAUGACAGUGUAAGGAAAGCCAGUGUCGGCAAUAGUUAAGUCAUCAGGAUUUCCAAUGAAAUGAAUGUUUUGCUUUUGCUUGUUUUUACUGUAAAUAAAUUCCCCAAGAAGUUUAAA